AUGUCUGCUUCGCUCAUCGCUCGGUCGUCGCUCCGGACAGCUGCUCGGGCUGCCGUCAGACCAAUCUCAAUGGCGCCUGUCUACAUGGCCUCCCGACACAACAGCACAUCGGUCGACCCCAAGAUCUCGACCAUAGUAGACCAAAUCUCCGGUCUUACCCUUCUCGAGACCGCCGACCUCGUCUCAUUACUCAAGACCCGCCUCAACAUACAAGACAUCGCCAUGCCUGCCGCCGCCGCCCCCGCUGCCGCCGCCGCCCCCGCCGUCGAGGAAGCGCCCGAGGUGAUUGAGAAGACGAUGUUCAACGUCAAGCUCGAGAGCUUCGACGCCGGCGCCAAGCCCAAGAUCAUCAAGGAGGUCAAGAACUUGCUCGGCCUGAACCUGGUCGAGUCCAAGAAGUUCGUCGAGGCCGCGCCAAAGGUCUUGAAGGAGAACGUCGUCAAGGAGGAUGCCGAGAAGCUCAAGUCUACUUUGGAGGCUUUGGGCGCGAAGAUUGUGCUUGAGUAG